UCCCCCUCCUUGCCUUCGUCCUCCCGCCGCGCGGCUCAGCUCACACCGGAAGCGAGGUCUCUCCCAGAGCUCACCUCACUCCCCCUUCCCCAAUGGCUUCCACCACGCUCUCCUCCGCCUUCUCCCUCCUCUCCCUCCCCUCCUCCUCCUCCGCCUCCCCCGCCGCCGCCGCCGUGCCCAGGUCCGUCUCCGUGCCCGGCCGCCGCCGCGGUCGCCGCGGCGUCGCCGUGGCGUCCACCGCCACCGAGUCCCCCAAAGUCCUGGAGCUCGGGGACGCCAUCGCCGGUCUCACCCUCGAGGAGGCCCGCUCCCUCGUGGACCACCUCCAGGAGCGCCUCGGCGUCUCCGCCGCGGCCUUCGCGCCCGCCGCCGUCGUCGCGGCGCCCGGCGCGGGCGGUGCGGGCGCCGCCGCCGAGGAGGCCCCCGCCGAGAAGACGGAGUUCGACGUGGUCAUCGAGGAGGUGCCCAGCAGCGCGCGUAUCGCGACCAUCAAGGUGGUGCGCGCGCUCACCAACCUGGCGCUCAAGGAGGCCAAGGACCUCAUCGAGGGCCUCCCCAAGAAGGUCAAGGAGGCCGUCACCAAGGAUGAGGCAGAGGAUGCCAAGAAGCAGCUCGAGGAGGUCGGCGCCAAGGUGUCCAUUGCGUGACACUAGGUAUUUUAGGACUCCUUUUUUCACCCCUAAUCUUUUUUACCACCUUUGAUAUUUACAAUGGUUUGUUGUUUCAUAUGAGAUUUCUGUAUGUGGAUCUGUUAGUUUAUAUUCCAUCCUGUAUUGAUACCGAUGUCGCACGCACUAAAUUGCCAAUGUAGAUUUUGUAUAUUGGCACAAUUAUAAUGGUGAAAAUUGUGCAAU